AUGCAUACUUGCAAUAAAAUUCCUUUAGAUACACCUGCAAAUAUUGUUCUAGAACUGAAAAUAUUUAAAUUCCUUACCAUCGUUUUUACGGUAACUACUUGGUGCGAGGGAUUUUUAAAUAGCACGAUGACAGCUCCACAAGAUUCACAGCGAUGUUAUGACAAACCUUAUGGUUAUAAGAUUGCCGAUACAACUGACUGCGUUGGAUAUUUUAUCUGUCAUGGCGAUAUGGUCAUACAACAAUAUUGUCCCCCGGGACAGCGCUUUUAUGCUUCCUCGCAAAUGUGUCAGAUUGGAAAAUGUCCGCCUUGUGAUUGUGAGAUUGAUUGUAGCAAUGCUCCUGAUGGCACCCUAUAUGGCGACUGUAUGCAUUGCCGAUUCUUCUGGGAAUGCGUUAGUGGCCGAGCAGUACAUCGCUUUUGUGAGCUUGGUAAGUGGUACGAUCGCGCUAAAUACGUUUGCAAUUAUCCAGUCUAUGUAAAAAACUGUGCAGCUAAUCAAGAUUAG